UCCCACCGCUGUCACAUGAAGUGUGGAGGGGUGGAGUCGGACCAGUGAUAAAAGCCCCGGGAGGAGGUGAACGUUGUCCGUCUCAGCAGCCGUCCCGUCCCGUGUGAGGAGCGAGUGCUCCAGCGCCAGGUUCAAGGCUUCGGACCCACCACCGACCAGUCCUUGCAGCGGAUCGGAUCUGAAGUCCGCCUGCAAGAGGAAAGGGGAACUUUGCCGCAUCUCCAGGAGGUGAGCCGGACCCCGGAGCUCGGGAGGAGAGGGUUGCUGCCAGAAGUUUGGGGUCCUACAUGAUGAAGCCUUUGUUCAUUUCCAUUGGCGCGUUGGCGCCCUUUUUGGCUGUCGCCUUUGCGAACCUGCACAACCCUGCGUUAGACGAGGCCUGGUUGAACUGGAAGUCAUUUCACAAGAAGGAAUACGUGGGGAAUGAAGGCAGUUACAGGAGGACGGUGUGGGAGAAAAACCUGCAGUUAAUCGAACUCCACAAUCUGGAGCAUUCCAUGGGAAAACACUCGUUUCAGAUGGGAAUGAAUCACUUUGGUGACCUUACAACUGAGGAGUUCAAUGAAGUUUGGAAUGGAUUCCAAGCAUUUGAAGUGAAGAACUCAUCCAGGAAAGAGGCUGCUUCUGGUGGGCCCAAACCUUUCAAACUCCCUCAGAGUGUUGACUGGAGGGCCAAGGGUUACGUAACAGAAGUAAAAAACCAGGGUUACUGUGGCUCUUGCUGGGCUUUCAGUGCGGUGGGCGCCCUUGAAGGACAAACAUUCAGGAAGACAGGAAAACUCAUCUCGUUGAGUGAGCAGAACUUGGUCGAUUGCUCCAACUCAGAAGGGAACCAUGGAUGCAAUGGUGGCCUGAUGCAUUUGGCCUUCAAUUACGUACAAUCUAACAAUGGGAUUGAUACCGAGAAGUAUUAUCCAUAUACUGCUCGUGAAAGCACCUGUAAAUAUAAUUCCAUUUGGCGUGGGACCACUUGCCACGGUUAUAGAUUUGUAGCCUGGGGUAGCGAGACGGCACUGGCAGAAGCUGUGGCCACUGUUGGACCGAUUUCUGUUGCUAUUGAUGCAAAACAUCCAUCGUUCCAGUUUUACAGAUCAGGUGUUUACUAUGAGCCGAACUGCAGCAGUGUCAAUGUCAACCAUGGAGUACUAGCCGUGGGAUACGGAAGUGAAAAUGGAGAGAACUAUUGGCUCGUUAAAAACAGCUUUGGAACAGGGUGGGGAGACCAUGGCUACAUCAAGAUGGCCAAGGACAGGAGCAACAACUGUGCAAUUGCUACCUAUGCAGUCUAUCCUCUGGUUUAGGACAGAAGGGAUUAUUGUCUUCGCAAAACAAAACAUGCAGCACUUUCUGCAAGAUUAGAUGCUUCCACAUAUUGUUUUAUGUGUGUUCAUUUAUUAUGGACUGUGAAUCAUGAGUAAAUUCUAGUUUCCACCAAAUAUUGCUCGUUUCAAUUUUGGUGUCACUCAUACUGAGUCCAUCAUUAAUUUUGACAUUAAAUAUCGACGGGCCAAGAAACAAGUUACAAUUAAACACGCAGUUAUUGGAAGAAUUCUCCCUUGGACAAUAUUCUACCUAUUUUGGGAUGAAAAGCCCACCAGGUGCCAUUUUGAUUUUUACAUUGACUUUGGCUUUUACAUGGACAACACUAUUCCCAGUCAGAUUGGAGAGGAUUGGGUAAUUUAACGAUCCACCAAGUCCAUUGAGUACUCUGCUGUAGGUAACUGAGAUAGUUUUAUCUGAUAGUUUGUCAGUGGCUAUCCUCCAUUCACUGCAACUUUCUGGAGAAAUUAUCCUGCUUUUCUUGGGAGACAUUGCUGUAGUGUUUGUUUUUACUUCUGUUUCUCUGAUCUUUAACUGGACCAUGUUCUCUGCGUAAAUUGUCUUUGGCUAAUGUGCAAUCAACUGCCUGCUGUGAGCCCAGUCAAAUGACUUGCCCCACCUUCAACUCAGUGGCUGACACUAAUUGGUCAGUAUUCAACCCCCAGGUAUUCUUUAAAGGUAGUUAUAGGUGGAAUUUAGCUUUCCUCCUAUCUAGUUACAUUAAAUGAAUACACAGAAUAAAACAGACUAUUUGUCAAGUACCUUCUAACUGAAGUGCUUGGCUUGGGAUAAAGCAAUGCAUUCAAAUGUGUAUUGUUUAAUAGGAUUCCCUGAAAUUCUUUACUGAGGUUAAUUUAUUUUUAAACCCAGUAACACAUUACUGGGCUUCACAGUCUGAUGAGAAAUGUUGAGGAGAUCGUCAGUUGUCCAGUAGAACUCUCUUGUAAAAAAUGUUUAAACACCUGUGGCUUAGUUGCCUUGUAGGAAACCAGGUAAUAAAACAUGCAGAGCAGCCCAACAGCUGGUCUGAGAUGAGUCAGCUGAAAGACACUGACUCACUGUUUGUUUAUCCCAUUAUUGAUUGUGGGAUCUUGCUGUAUGUGAGUUACUUUGGCACAAAGGUAGUUUCGGUCAAAUUGAAUGCAAUAUGUUUUAGAACAUUUGAGAAAUAGUUCAUAUAAAUUCAAGGUUUAGCCUGAAGCUACACCUUUGGAGUUUGACUUUGGAACCAUUAAUUGUGUGGGAUCAAUUAAUACAGAACCCUGCAGAAAUCGUUGAUUGCUUAUUAGAAAUCCAUCUUGUAUAUCACAAUGGUGAACUUCAUGAGGAAAUUCCUACUGACACUGGAAAUCUUAAAUAAAAUAAAAGAGAAGUGCUGGCAGCAGAGUCAACAUUUCAAGUCAAUAACCUUAAUCAGAACUGGGGAAUGUCAGUGAUAAAACAUGUUUUUAGAUACAAGUAGUUCUACUGUAACUUGUGUUUUCAUAACAUGAAUUGGUCAUAACAUGAUUGAUGGCAGGCAUGGUAGUGUAGCAGUUAGCAUGACACUAUUACAGUGCCAGUGACCCGGAUUCAAUUCUGGCCACUGUCUGUAAGGAGUUUGCACGUUCUCCCUGUGACUGCAUGGGUUUCCUCCGGGUGCUCCGGUUUCCUCCCUCAUUCCAAAGAUGUACAGGUUAGGAAGUUGCGGGCAUGCUAUGUCGGUGCCAGAAGCGUGGCGACGCUUGCGGGCUGCCCCCAGAACAAUCUAUGCAAAGAUGCAUUUCACUGUGUGUUUUGAUGUACAUGUGACUAAUAAAGAAAUCUUAUCUUGUCUUACGAUUGACAGAUUAGGAACACUAUUUGCAUUACACAGGCUGCAUUGGUCGUACCAUGAUCGGGAAAAUCUGUUUAAAUCUGUACUUUGAAGGCAACUACAGUCUGUUCUGCUAUAAUGCGAGUUUCUAUAUGUGAGGUUUCUUAGGGAUGUGACUAUCGCAUUAUAGCAGAACUAUCUGUACAGAAAUAGUACGGAGAGAUUGAGGGGACGAAGGGGAAGGUCUGUGUGAGGAUUGAAGACAGAAACAGUGGUGGUGCAAGGUGAGGGAUGUGGCAGUGGGGAUAGAAUGAUCAGUGUGGGCUGGAGUGAAUGUGGACAAGCUGAAACUACCAGAGGAAUGUGGCGUGUGCACUGGACAUCUGAGACGUUGAUUAUCUGCGAGUGUCAAAUGUUGAGUCCUGAUGGCUGAGAUGUGCCCAGUUGGAAAAUGAAGUGCUGUUCCAAAGGCUUGAGUUGGGUUUUGCUGACUAUGUAGGAAGCUGAGCAUAGAGAUGGAAAAUUGAAAGUGACACGGACUGGCAGCUCAGGACCACUUCUACAGACUGAUGGAGGUGUCCCGCCGCGAGGAAUCGCUCAUUAUGCCUUUAGUGUUACAGUUUGAGCUGUGAGUACGGUACACCAAAAUUUGAAGUGUAAUUAGUUGCUACUUCAAGAUAUUGCUCUGGAUAUUGGGGAAGGAAGUGGUGAAAGGGUAGGUCUUGUGAUUGCACAAUAAGAUGCUGUGGGAAGAGGAGGUAGUUACUGGAACUGGUAGUUCACUCAUGAACUACUGAAAGGGAAGGACAGGGGACGUGUUUGGUGGUGGAACCAUGUUGGAUGUUUCAGUCAUUAGAGGAUGAUAUGUUGAACAUGAAGGCCAGUGGAUAGGGAACUUGGGGAAUUAUAUCCUGGUGCUGGGAUUGGGGAUAAGGGCUAACAUGUGGGAAAUGGGAAAGGCACAUUUAGGGGCCUUGUCAUCUCUGGUAGAGGGGAGAUCAUGGUUGAAACAAGGAAGAGGUGUAGUAGGUUUAUCAGGGACAAAUAAGACACAGAAGCUAGGAAAAUGGAAUGGAGUUUUCACACAGUGGAGUUGGGUUGAAAUGCAUCACUAGUUGUGGGAGUCGGUGGGUUUGUGGUGGAUACUGGUCCUUAGCACAUCCCCUGAAAUGGAGAUGGAGAAAAUGAGAAAAGGAAGAGCUGGUGAAGGUGAGAGCAGGGUGGGAAUUGGAAACAAAGCGGCUGAAAUGUUCUCAUUCCGGACAAAAGCAGGAGGUAGUAACGUUAUAGUCAUCAGUGUACCAGAAAAAUCGGGUGGUGGGUGGACUUGAUGGGACUGAAAUUGAGAAUGAGAAAUGAAAUUUAUGGUAACUGGAAAAAGCAAAGAACUGUAAUAGGUCAGGAUGCAGGAGCCCUGCCGAGCUCUUUAAUACAGUCAGUCUGAGGUCCUUGGAUUGGUGAGGGUUUGUGCUUUUUAAAAAGCCACUUCCAAACUAACUUCCUGCUCUGGUCUGAUGUUUUACCCAACUUUCCUCUCUGUUAACAAUGUAUGUGUCUUUGUUUUUAUUGUAAUUUGAAAUAAAAGCAUUAAGAAAGA